AUGCGGCGCCAGAAUUCACGAAGAAGCGCGCCGAUUCUCCUCCUCUGCAACGAACAAGCGCAUCAAACAAACCGCGGCGGCGCGGGCGCCCUAGGCCGCUGGCAUCGAUCGAUCGAUCGAUCGAUCGAGCGCUGGAUCGCUCGCUUACUUCCUUCCCUAGGCGCGGCGGCACACGAUGGAGGCGCGCAUCAAAAGAAUGAGGAGCAAAGGGUUAGCGAAAAGAGACACCGGCACCAAGUCCAUUCCAUGCCGGCUCAUUGUUUUGGCGAGAAGAAGGCGGGGAAGCUUCGAUGGCUUGAGGCAAUCCAUUGUUGUAAGAGCCUCGCUGAUGCUACUGACAUCCACGCAUCAAUCUCCGGAGCCUUCCAGAAUGACACUUUCCUCCUCAACAAGCUCAUCCAGCUCUACGGAAGGUACGGCAGCCCUCUGGAUGCGCGCCACGUGUUCGACCACAUUGCCGCCAAGGACACUUACUCAUGGAAUCUCAUGCUCUCUGCGUACAUACGAAAUGGCCAUGUCGCAGAAGCCCGGGAGCUCUUCGACCAAAUGCCUUGGAAUCUGUCGAUGUCAGCAAAUGCCGCAGAUGGGCAUCUGCGGGAAUCUAGAACUUCUGUUGCAAACGUGCCAGCGAGGGAUCUUGUGAGCUGGACUACCAUGGUUUCGGCUUGUGCCGAUAAAGGGCAUCUGCUAGAUGCCAAGGUGCUGUUUGAUUCUAUGCCUGUUUAUGACCUCAUUGCCUGGACAGCAAUGCUUGGCGCAUAUGCUCAGGCCGGACUGGUUGUAGAGUCUCGAAACAUAUUCCUCCAGAUGCCUGAGAGGAAUCUUGCGUCGUGGAAUGCAAUGCUCUUGGCAUAUUCCCAUGUAGGGAAUCUCUGCGACUCGUUUAAGGUGUUUUUAGAGAUGCCGGAGAGGAACCUGGUGAGCUGGACGGUACUUGUGGCUGCAUUUUUGGAAGCUAAUAGCCUAGAUGGUGCCAAAGAAAUCUAUGAUAAGAUGCCACAGUGGGAUGUGGUCUGCUCAACUGCUCUUCUCGCAGCAUAUGCCGAGGGAGGAAGCGUUGAGCUCUCGAAGCAAAUAUUUGAUGAGAUGCCAUACAGAAACUUGUUAUCUUGGACUGCUAUGCUAAAAGCUAACGCCCAUGGUGGAAAUCUUAGAGAAGCUAUAGAGAUAUUCCAGAGAAUCCCAGAGCUGGACACUCUGGCUUGCAACGUAAUGUUGUUAGCAUAUGCUCAACAUGGAGAAACCCGACAAGUGGAUGCCAUGCUUGGGCAAAUGCCGUGUCUGGAUAUUGUAUCAUGCAACUUGAAACUUUCUCUUCUUUCUCAAGACGGAAAAAUAGAGAAAGCACAAGAGAAGUUCCAUAACAUGCCUCGGAAAAACCUAGCGUCAUGGACAUCUAUCCUAUCAGGUUAUGCCUAUGCACGGGAUCUCGAGUACACUAAGUAUGUAUUUGACCAAAUGCCCGAGUGGGACUGUUUUUCAUGCACUACCAUGUUUGCUGCAUAUGCCCAAAACUGGCAUAUCCAAGAAUCGCUGGGAAUAUUUGCUAGAACGCUCUACAGGGACACCCCCUGUUGGAACGCAUUGAUAUAUGCAUAUGCCCAAAACGGGCAUCCGCUCAAAGCUAAGAGUGUUUUCGACACCAUUCCAGAUCCAGACUCUGGCUCUUGGUCAGCACUGCUAUCCUGCUAUGCUCAAGGAGAGCUAUCACAAAACAAAAUAGAUCUCACCUUAAGUUCAAUGGCUGCUCACUGCGUAACACCCAAUGAUUCAUGUGUGGCUUCGUUUCUCAUUGCUUGUAGCCGUGCGGGGGGAUUAUAUGCUGGGAGGUGUUGCUUGGUCUCAAUGGCUAUGGACUAUGGAGUUUCACCAACAAGGCAACACUUCUUUUGUAUGGUUGAUCUGCUUGGGCGAGCUGGUUUCCUGGCUGCUGCUGAGGACUUGAUCCUCAAUAUGCCCUUUGAGGACGAAGCACUGGAGUGGGAGUGCUUGCUGGGUGCAUGUGCCAUGUAUUAUGAUUCCUCCAUUGGCACUCGGGCAGCAAUGAGAGGGUUUAGUAUUUAG